AUUUUCAGUUCCAAUCCAAUCGAAGUUUUCAAGCUAGUUAUGGCGAGUGGUGGUGGUGUUGUUGUGGAGCCCAAAACGAAGUUGCAAUUGUAUUCUUACUUUCGGAGCUCUUGCUCUCAACGUGUUCGUAUUGCUCUUAACUUGAAAGGUCUUGAUUAUGAAUACAAAGCAGUUAAUUUACUCAAGGGAGAGCAGUUGAGUCCUGAGUUUUUGAAGCUCAAUCCUGUUGGUUAUGUGCCGGUGUUGGUGGAUGAGGACAUUGUGCUUUCUGACUCUUUUGCAAUCUUAAUGUAUUUGGAAGAGAAGUAUCCUCAACAUCCAUUGUUGCCUCAUGAUCUUCAAAGAAGAGGCAUCAACUACCAGGCUGCAAAUAUUGUUUCCUCAAGCAUACAGCCUUUUCAGAAUACAAGUGUACUAAAGUAUAUUGGGGAAAAAGUUCAUCCUGAUGAGAAGCUUGUUUGGGUUCAGUAUCAUAUUGGGAAAGGCUUUGCAGCUCUUGAGAAGCUAUUAAAAGAUUAUGCUGGGAAAUAUGCCACUGGAGAUGAAGUCUGUCUGGCGGAUUGUUUUCUAGCACCUCAGAUUCUUGGAGCAAUCAAAUUGUUCAGUCUUGACAUGACUCAGUACCCUCUUCUCUCUAGGUUGAACAAUGCAUACAAUGAGCUUCCUGCCUUCCAAGAUGCCAUGCCAGAAAACCAGCCAGACGCAUCAGUUGAGGCAUGAGAUCAGAAGAGUCGGGUUAGAUUGAACUUUCAAGG